AUGGCGGACCUCUCAACUUGCGCUCCCUUGACCAGGGACUCUGUGAUCGAAGCACAACGUCUAAUUGAGCCCCACGUACACUUGACUCCGGUCAUGACCAGCAGCUUUAUGAAUGACCUCGCUUCAACCCCAAGAGACCCCGCCUCACUUGGUCAAGUCACAUCCCGACAGCCCGCUAAGCCUCGAUUCAGGCUUUGGUUCAAACGUGAGAACUUUCAACGAAUUGGUGCAUUCAAAGCACGAGGAGCUUUUCAUGCCAUUGAGAAACUGAAGAUGGAACCCGGCUGGCUCGAAAACGGUGGGAAGGAGAAGGGCGUUGUUACGCACAGCUCAGGUAACCACGCACAAGCACUUGCUCUGGCUGCCCGAGAAAACGGUAUGCCAGCUCAUGUCGUAAUGCCCUCAAUCACAAUCCCCAGCAAGGUCGCAGCCACCAAAGGCUACGGAGCAAAUGUCAUCUUCAGCACCCUCACAGACCGUCUAGCCAUUGCUGAAAAAGUCGUUGCCGAAACAGGUGCACGCCUGAUCCCACCCUAUGACCACCCAGACAUCAUUCUUGGCCAGGGAACAAUGGGACUUGAGCUGCAGCAGCAGGUCAAAGAUCUAGAUGGCAUCAUUGCACCUUGUAGUGGUGGAGGGAUGCUUUCCGGAAUAGCGCUGAGCUGUGAGGGCACGGGUAUCAGAGUCUUUGGAGCCGAACCUUCAUUUCAAGGCGCGGAUGAUGCCAAGCGUGGAAUGGAGCAAGGGGAGAGAAUUACCCACGUGGAGAGUACAUCCAUCGCCGACGGACUGCGCUCUUAUCUUGGUGUAUAUCCCUGGGGCAUUCUCUAUGAACGAAAGCUUGUCCACGGCAUGUACUCCGUUUCGGAAGAGGAGAUCAAAGCGGCUAUGAAGUUGAUCCUGGAGAGGAUGAAAAUAUUUGUUGAACCGAGUGCAGCUGUACCACUUGCUGUUGUUCUGUUCAACGAGGACUUUCGACAUAUGGUGGAGAAGGAAGCACAGGGUGAUAUUUGGGAUUUGGGCAUUAUACUCAGCGGUGGCAACGUUACAGUGGACGGUAUCGCCAAGCUAUUUACCUAG